AGAUGCUAUCAAUCCUAAUUAGUAAUUAACCCUUUUUUUUGUUUUCUCUAGAACCGAUCACGAAGAACAUGAGAUUUAUUAUGAACACUAAUUCAAAGUAGUACUUACUUCAAAACCAAUUCCUAAUCAUACAAUAAAAAAAAAUGCCUAUAUCUUUUUCCCUUACAUCUUCAAAUGUAGGAACAACAAACAAACUCGGAUUCAGACCGAACACAACACCAACAAAAACUAAACUCAAUUCCUCACUUGUCAUCUCCUCUUCCAAAAAUUCGCUGUCAAAACUUCAACUUCAUUCAAAUUCACUAACCCCACUAAACACUAAUACACCCAAAUCAAUUUUCCAUUCUAUAACUAACAGACCAACCGCCAAAUUUCUUCAGUGUGGCAUUUCAUCGAACGACUUGAGUGCAAGUAAUAAGAAAAGUUUUAGGGAGUACAUUGAGGUGGUCAGUGAGACAAUAUCUACUGCAUUUCCUUUAUGGGUAUCUUUAGGUUGUCUAUUGGCGCUUAUAAGACCCAGCUCAUUCAAUUGGGUCACUCCAAAUUGGACCAUUCUUGGCAUCUCUCUUACUAUGCUUGGUAUGGGUAUGACACUUAGCUUUGAUGAUCUUAAAGGUGCUUUGGCUAUGCCUAAAGAGAUUUUAUGUGGCUUUGUACUUCAGUAUUCGGUGAUGCCUAUUUCAGGGUUUUUGGUAAGCAAGAUCUUAAAUCUGCCAUCACAUUAUGCAGCUGGUCUAAUUUUGGUUGGUUGCUGCCCUGGUGGAACCGCAAGUAACAUCGUGACUUACAUUGCACGUGCAAAUGUGGCACUUUCAGUGUUGAUGACUGCAGCAAGCACCCUUACAGCUGUGGUCAUGACCCCAUUACUCACAGCUAAACUGGCUGGGCAAUAUGUUGCAGUAGAUGCAACUGGACUGCUCCUGUCAACCUUGCAGGUUGUGCUUCUUCCAGUUCUGGCUGGUGCAUUUCUAAAUCAAUAUUUCCAGGGCCUCGUUAAAUUUGUAUCACCCCUGAUGCCGCCCAUUGCCGUGGGAACUGUUGCCAUUCUAUGUGGUAAUGCAAUUGCCCAGAGUGCUUCAGCGAUCCUCAUGUCGGGUCGGCAGGUGGUGCUUGCUGUUUCUUUACUUCAUGCAUCUGGGUUUUUCUUUGGCUAUGUUCUUGCAAGAAUUCUUGGAGUUGAUGUGGCAUCUUCACGGACAAUCUCUAUCGAGGUUGGAAUGCAGAACUCUGUGCUUGGGGUGGUUCUGGCAAGUCAGCACUUUGGGAACCCAUUGACUGCAGUGCCAUGUGCAGUUUCUAGUGUAUGUCACUCUGUCUUUGGCAGUCUCCUAGCGGGAAUUUGGCGACGAACCCCCCCUAACCAAAAUAAGGAUUGAUAUGUCGCCUAGAAGCCAAAAACUCUUCGCGUCGGCAUAUUGCAAAGUUGAACUCAUUAUGUUUUUUCAAUUACAGGGUAGUGAACUUAGUUGGGAUGAGCUAACCUUAACAAUACACUUGCUCUGCUCUGCUGUAUUUGGUUGUGCAUUUGCAGGAUGUGUGGGAUGCUUCAGGUAGGAGAAUGAAAUUAUCUGAAAGUUUAAAUUAGUUGUUCAUUUUAUAA